AUGUGUGAGCGAGAGUCCUUGCAGCAGCAGCUGCAAGACUCAGUGGAGAAGCUGGAGAGAGCUGAGGCCAAAAUGAAGCGCCUCGAGAAGAGUGAAGCAGAGCGCCCCCGGAAGGAAGUCUCUCGGCCUUCGUCAGCAGUGCAGCGACAGGCGGCCGAGCUCACGCAGAAGUCGGAUGAGCUGAGCCAAAAGCUGGCUGCACUGUCUGCAAAAGAUCAAGCCCUCAGCGAGAAGGACAAAGAGCUGCAAGCCAAAGCGCAAGCGGAGCAGCAGGCGGCCUCCGAACUUUGA